AUGGACGCCCUCCUCUCCACCCUGCACACAGUAGACGUCCACAUGAAGCGCCAAAUUCUCGCCCUCGAAGAAGCCUCCAUCAUCAAGCUCCGCAACGACGCCGAUCCCAAAACCCGACAACCCAUCAUGAACGAGGACGCCAAAAUCGUCGCCCGACCCUCCCUCGAGCCCAACGGCGUCGGCACCAUUGGUAACCUCGACGUCGGGUGGCUCAAUAGCCGCAACAACAAGGUCGAGCGCGACAUGGAGGCCGAGUUGUGGGCCAAGAUGAGGGAGCUGCUGGAGCGGUAUCACGCCAAGGAGGUGGCCGAAGGAGCUGGUGGUGGUAUCAAGGAUGAGAGGAUGCAGGAGUGA